CCAGGGUGCGGGCGGAGCAGCCGAUGCCGGGGCUGGAGGGCGAGGCCGCGCCGGUGCGACUGCGACAGCGCUAGCGCCUCCGGAGCAGGCCCAGGGCGACAAAGGAAGGGGCGUCGCGAUGCCAGAGGAAAACAUCUUCCUGUUCGUGCCUAACCUCAUCGGUUAUGCCCGGAUUGUCUUCGCCAUCAUCUCCUUCUACUUCAUGCCCUGUUGUCCUUUGACGGCCUCCUCCUUCUAUCUGCUCAGCGGGCUCCUGGACGCUUUCGAUGGACACGCUGCUCGAGCCCUUAAUCAAGGAACCCGGUUUGGGGCCAUGCUGGACAUGCUGACAGACCGCUGCUCUACCAUGUGUCUGUUGGUCAACCUGGCCCUGCUGUACCCUAGAGCCACCCUUCUCUUCCAGCUCAGCAUGAGCCUGGACGUGGCCAGUCACUGGCUGCAUCUGCACAGUUCUGUGGUGCGCGGCAGUGAGAGUCACAAGAUGAUUGAUCUUUCUGGGAAUCCCGUGCUGCGAAUCUACUACACCUCCAGGCCUGCUCUGUUCACCCUGUGUGCUGGAAAUGAGCUCUUCUACUGCCUCCUGUACUUGUUCAGUUUCUCGGAAGGACCAUUAGUUGGCUCCGUCGGGCUUUUCCGAAUGGGCCUCUGGAUCACAGCACCCAUCGCCCUGCUCAAGUCCCUCAUCAGUGUCGUCCAUCUCGUCACAGCUGCCCGCAACAUGGCUGCCCUGGAUGCAGCAGACCGUGCCAAGAAGAAGUGACUCUCCAGUGCCCAGCUGCCUACCUUCCCUGGGUGUCUCUGCCACAUGGCUCCUCUUCCCCUCCUAGGAAGUCCCAGCCUCAUGUCUUCAUGUGUACUCCAGCCUUGUGAUGGGCGCGGGGGAGGGGGUCUGUCUCUGUUGUUAGUGUUGCCACCAUCUAUAAUCUUGAGGACUUGUCUGUGACCCCAAGGACCACAAAUCAGGAAGGAUGCUCAAGAGGCCCCACCUAUCCAGCUGGUGCUCCAGGAUACCUGUCUGAGGACUGGGCAUUGCCACACACCUUAUUAGCUUAGACAUGGGUUCUAGCCUGGCCUGAGGUUUUAAAGAUGUGUGAGUGGGUGAGAUGGUAUAGGGGCCCAGUUUCCCAAAAGGCAUGGGAGUCAGACAUCUGCUCUGGCCAGAAGAAACCCGAGGCUUCAGGUCUGGGAGGGAAAUGUACAGUCUCCUCUCCUGUCAUCCCUGGCCCUGGAGUCCUCCAUAAUAAAGGGGGGAGCUACUCUC